GCACCUCACAUAACCUCACAAAUCACCUUGUUUUCUGGUUCUUGUGUUAUUUUUACUUUGGAAUUAUUUCUCGAUUUAUUUUGCGAAAAAUGAAGUGCACGAUUCCUGAAAUAUCCUGGCACAAUCGUGAUCCAGUUUUGAGUGUGGAUAUUCAACCAUUUGUGGGGAAAUCCGGUGAUUUCUAUCGACUUGCAUCCGGGGGAACGGAUUCGCAUGUUUUGAUUUGGCACAUGAAACUGGAAGAGGAUGGACGGGUGUCUUUGGAGAUUGUAGCAGAUCUCACGAGACAUCAGAGAGCUGUGAAUGCUGUGAGAUGGUCUCCAUCGGGGAAAUUCCUUGCAAGUGGAGAUGAUGAGAGUGCCAUUUUCAUAUGGAAGCAGAGGGAUGAGAAUGAAACAAUCAAUAUUCUUGACACUCCGAAUGAUUUGGACAAGGAAGUCUGGAUUACCUUCAAGAUUCUCCGAGGACACCUUGAGGAUGUUUAUGAUUUAGCAUGGUCCCCAAAUGAUCUUCAGCUUAUAAGUGGAUCUGUUGACAAUACAGCAAUUGUGUGGGAUGUGCAGAAAGGGAAAGCUCUGACCAUCCUGAGUGAUCACAAAGGAUUUGUUCAGGGUGUUUCAUGGGAUCCGGCAAACAAAUACAUCGCUACCUUGAGUACAGAUCGCUACUUUCGCGUGUUCGACGUGCACACACGCAAAGUGAUCAGUCGGAAUGGAAAAUGCCAACUCCCAGUGCCACCAGAUUCUCCUUUUCACGGGAAAGUAAUGCGAUUAUUUCACGACGAUACCCUUCAGACAUUUUUCCGGAGACUCACCUUCAGUCCCGAUGGGGAACUCAUUGUGGCUCCUGCGGGAAUAGCUGAAGGUGAUGAAUCCCGGAAGGCACAAAACACAACAUACGUCUACACGAGGCACUCCCUGAAGCAACCAGCGAUUGUUCUCCCGUCCCUGGAACAUCAUACAGUUGCUGUUAAAUUCUGUCCUGUGCUCUUUGAGCUAAUGCCCCACAAGGAGGACGUACAACCCGUAAUACCUCUGCUCUAUCGAAUGGUCUUUGCUGUGGCUACGAAAAAUUCAGUUUUCUUCUACGACACCCAACAAACUAUCCCCUUUGGUGUCAUUUCUAACAUCCACUACACCCGUCUCACGGAUCUAACAUGGUCCAGCGAUGGGAGAUUGCUCGUUGUCUCCAGCACUGAUGGAUUCUGCUCACUCAUAACAUUUAGUGAAGGUGAAUUGGGGAAAGUUUACGAUGAUACGCUGAUCAAGGAGAAGCUAAUGGAACGCUGGGAGCCAACGAAGAAGACUUCUAAAUCCAAAAAGGUCAAAAAAGAAGGUCCACCGGAUAGUGCCUUGACCCCAGAUGUGUCUCCGAAGAGACAAACAGGCACAUCCCCGCAGAAAGCGAAUGAAAAUCUCAAGCCAAUCUCCGAGAAAAUCAUUGAUUUGGAUUUAGCUGAUAAAAUCAUAAAGAGUGAUGAAAACUUCUCACCGGAAAAGAAGGAAAAUCCCGUCACGCCAAUUGCCGUGCGGCGACAUCCACGUGUUCUCACACCAACUUCCGCUGAUGAAGGUGCCGAGACGGCUGUAAGGAAACCCUCAACACCGAAGCAACCUAAACCAAUUGCCAUUAGGCGUCAUCCGCGUGUUUUAUCAGACUCACCUGCUAAUACAGGAGCAGUAGCCGUUACGGAAGAAGCUGUGGAUGCAUGGCCUAUUGAUGUGGAUCCUCCGAAACCUCUGGAGGGCGUUUGCCGUGAACCUACAGCUGCAGACUCAAUGCAAGAAUGCACAGAGAAUAUAAAUCUCGUGCUGGAUGACGAUUCAGUGACUGAGAAACCCUCCCAGGAGCCAAUGGAGGUGGAUAAACCCCAAGAGGUGACUCCUUCAAAUGCCCCCAAAACCCCACGACGUGUCAACUUUAUCACAAUCUCCACGCCCAAGUCCAAAAAGAAGCUCCUGUAGAUCUUCUGUGGAACCUAUCUAUAUAAUUUUAUAAAUAAACGCAUUAAUUUGAAAAGAUUGAAUAAAAAGAUCCCACGAUGCUUCCCAAAAGGAAAAGAAAAAAAAUAAGAGCUUCAAAAGACU